GAGAAUAAACAGAAAACCAAACCCCCAGACAAACAAACAAUUAGACCCAUGAGCCCCUCGAAAAAAGUCACCCAAAGUGUAUGCAUGCAAGUGCAUGAGAUUCUUUACCCGUUUCCCCACAACUUAUAUUAAAAAAUGCUUUUUGGGCGCAACUUUACAAUCAAUGCAAUUCUCCGAACACCUCCUGUAAUUUCCUCCAUGUAAGCUCCAGCGGUAGCAUACGAGAGCAUCUAUUCGAUGACAUAGACCCAUGUGCCAGACAAUCUCUUCCAUCGUGCUUCUGUAUAUAACUUCUGAAUUCUCCGAUCUAAAUCAUACCUUCGAAGUAUCAUCACUCUUUACAUUCACGUUCUUUUCCCUUUCAUACCUUCCUUUUCGUUUUACUAUUAAGACAAUUACAUUCGUUGAACAAAAACUUGCCGGUCAAAAUGCGUUCUGCGAUCAUCCUCGGAGGCUUGGCCUCACUUGCUCUUGCCUGCGACAACCCAGACCAUGAUUCUUGUGCCAAUGCUUUCACCGUUUCCUCAGCCGCAGCUGGUCCUUUCUGUGCUACCUACACCCAAGCUGCAAACUCAGCUUCCACUGGUCUCCCCGCUUUCGCUACCGCAUGUGCAAGCAACCCAAAGAAAUUGUCUAGUGCAUGCAGUUGUCUUCAAGUAGCAACCACCUUGGCUACUGUUGCCAAGAGCACAAGUGCCGCUGCUGUCUCAGGCGUAGCUGCCUCAAGUGCCGCCGCCGUUCCAGUUGCUUCUGGCUCAGCUGCUGCCAGCUCAUACGUUCGAAGCUCCUACGUCAAGUCUGUCACCGCCUCAGCCUCUGUUCAAGCCCACAAAGCAACAACCGGUGUUGUUGCCAGCACUUCGGUCCCAGCCGUUUCAUCCGCUGCAGGUGCCAGUACCGCAGUCAUUACAUCGGCCCCAGCUGCCCCAGCUGGAUGCACAGCAACAGCCUACGCUGAUAUUGCCGACAUCAUUGCCUCUUGCACAAACAUUGUGUUGGACAACAUCUCUGCUCCAGCAAGCUCCACCAUCGAUCUUCAAAAACUCCAAGACGGAUCCACCGUUACCUUCUCCGGAACUACUUCAUUCGGAACCACUGCCGAUUCCGACUUUGACCCUAUUGUUGUCAAGGGUACCGAUAUCACCAUUACCGGAGCUGCUGGACACGUCAUUGAUGGAAACGGAGCUGCAUACUGGGAUGGACAGGGUUCCAACGGAGGAACCGACAAGCCUGACCAUUUCUUCGUCGUUAAGGAUGUUGUCAACGGUGUUAUCUCCAACCUUAACAUCCAAAACUGGCCUACUCAUUGCUUUGACAUUACUGGUGCCCAAGGUCUUACCGUCUCUGGACUUACCCUCGACAACUCUGCUGGAGAUGCUCCUAACUCGGCGUCUGGUGACGACCCAGCCGCUCACAACAGUGAUGGAUUCGAUAUCUCUGGCUCCGACUCAGUAACCCUCAAGGAUAUUGUCGUCAAGAACCAAGAUGAUUGCGUUGCCGUCACAUCUGGAUCCAACAUUCUCGUUACAGGAUUGACCUGUUCAGGAGGCCACGGUCUUUCCAUCGGAUCCGUUGGAGGAAAGUCCAACAACACCGUUUCCGGCGUUACAUUCUCCGAUUCCACCAUCACCAACAGUCAGAACGGAUGCCGUAUCAAGUCCAACAGUGGCACCACCGGUACCAUUGAGAACGUCACAUACUCGAACAUCAAGAUGUCCAACAUCAGUGAUUACGGUAUUGAUGUCCAACAAGAUUACUUGAACGGUGGACCAACCGGUGAACCAACCAACGGUGUCAAAAUCUCCGGCAUUACCUUCAGCAGUGUAACAGGUACUACCACUGACGAUGCAUACAACUACUACGUCCUCUGCGGAAGUGGUUCUUGCUCCGAUAUCACAUUCACCGAUGUGAGCAUUUCUGGAGGUGGAAAGACUUCCACUUGCAACUACCCAUCUACUGGAUGCCCAUCAUAAAUGAUUGAUUUGGGGAAGUGGUGAACUGAGGCAUGGAAAGUUUCAGUGGAAAGGAUUCUAGUGAACGAUUAGCUAUUGAUUGGCUGUGAAAACACAACAUUUGUAUAUAUAUUUAGUUCUUGUAUAACAUUCAAGAUUAAUCUUUUUCUUGAACAUUUAGAUCUACUUGAAAAAAUGGAUUGAUUCUGUGAAAUAGAUGAGAAAGGCUGCGAUCA